UCACCCCUCUCAACGACAUCCACGACCAUCCGAAGAACCAAGCCCUAGUGUUCCAAAAUAUACAAGUUUCAAUCCCCAGCCAACAUACAGUAUUUUAACGCGCAUUACCAACCCCUCACAACAUAAAUAAACAUAUGUUCUGCCUCUUCCUCUUCCAAUCUUCCCCAAUUUCCAUCAGAAUUGGUAUACUUGAGCAAACUCGACAACCCCCUAAAACCAACAAAACAUCGAUUCUCUUUCACCUUAGCCCAAGCAAUCCCUUCCAGACCACAUUCUCCCCACAUAUACAUCAUCGUCUUAAAUUUCCCCCCUCCCUCAUAUCCCAGCCCCCUUCCCCAAAACCUUCCACUCUCCUCGCCAAUAUGUCCGAACCCCAGCACCCCGACCCCCAACUAAACACCUCCCCCUCCCAAACACGCACGAAAGAAGAAAUCACCUGCGCCCUCCACCACGCCGAAACAAUUCUAGCCCGCCUAGCAGCAAUGCAGCCAAGCGUGGAGGCAAUGAACGUAAGGUCCCAGUACGAGGUCUGGAAGGUGAAGCAUUCGAUGCUGCGGCGGCAAGCAGGACUGCGAAAGGAGCUGCAGACGCAACACCAAGAGUUCUACGAGAGCAGUGAGAGGUACGAUAUAAAUCAGCAGGAACAAGGGCGGGAAGUUACAAGUAAGGCAGACGCUCAUAAAACGGCUAUCAAACAGCCAAAUCCCCUAUUCCACGCCCAUGCACAGCACGGGAAUAUGAAGACCGGGGGACACAGACAUGAAUACACAACCCACCACACACAUAUUCCCGCACAGCAAGCACAGCAAGAAGCCACCGAGAACCCAGCAGAGCCUCGAAAAAACACUAUCAAUCAGCCAAAUCCCCGACUCCACACCCACACCCAGCACGCAAAAACUGCUACCAAGCAGCCAAACCCCAGAUCUCACACGCCCACGCAGGCCAUCCCACACGCACCAUCACCACCACACCGCCUCCCCCGGCCACACAUCCCAUUCGCCGAGUGCUGCCCGUACCCAGCUAUGUAUUCCGCUACCACGCGGGUGUGCAACAGCCCGCCUAGCCCGCCUCUUGUUAGCCAUCCUCCACCUCCCCUGCCUCCUCGUGCUUGUUCUGCGGCUACGGCAUCAGCGGCUCCUGUAGCUACAGUACCAGAUAUAGCUGCGGUGCCGGCAGACGCGGUCACGGAGACGGGGUGUUUGGGUAGUGGUGUGGUGCGUAGCGAGGAGGACAGCGGGUGGAUGUGUGUGCCUGUGUGGCGGGAUGUGGAGGAGGAUGUCGAGGAGGAAGGGGAUGAGGAGGAGGGGGAGUCGUCGGAUUUUUUGUAUGAGGUUGGGGGUGAGGAGGUUGGGAGUGAGGGGGGAAGUGAGAGUGAGAGUGGGGAGGAGGAGGGAUGGGAGAUUCUGUGA